ACGGGGAGCUAUUUUAGUGUUGCAGAAGAAUGAUUUCACACCGAACGUGAAGUGUCAAAUGGCCUCACAGGGAGAGAUACAAAGUAGUCUUGUGUGUGGUUGUAAAGGCAUAAGGUCAUGUCUGAUCUGUGAGAAAUUAAAUACUGAAAUUAAUUUUACUGGUAAAGAAACUCCAAAGCUGUCACAAGAUUUUGAAUACAACCUGUCAUCAAGAAGAGCGGUCAGAUAUGUUGAUGGGGUUGAAGAAUCUUUUCCUUUCCCUGGAGUGUUGUUAUGGGAAAACUUUGUUACUGAGGAAGAGGAGAAUGAACUGGUGACUAAAAUGGAUGAACACGUUUGGAGAGAGUCACAGUCAGGACGAAGGAAACAGGAUUUUGGUCCCAAAGUGAACUUCAAGAAGAGGCGUGUGCGCAUUGGAGGCUUUUGCGGCCUCCCCUCGAUAAGUGAAAAGCUGGUCUCCAGGAUGAAUGAAGAACCGCAACUCAGUGGAUUUAAGCCAGUAGAACAGUGCAAUUUGGAUUACAAUCCCCAGAGAGGGUCUGCCAUAGAUCCUCAUCUUGAUGACAGCUGGCUAUGGGGAGAGCGGCUAGUGACCAUCAACUUGCUCUCGGACACUAUUCUCACAAUGAGCCUGGAUGAAGGAUGCGGACAGUUUGAUCAAGGGGAAGUCAGGGUUAACGUCCAUCUCUGUCGUAGGUCUUUGGUGGUGCUCUACGGCGAAGCAAGACACAGGUGGAAGCAUGCCAUCCACAGAAAGGACAUUCACAGCCGUAGAGUGUGCAGCACAUUCAGGGAACUUUCUGCUGAGUUUCUGCCGGGUGGAGAACAGGCAGAAAUGGGCACACAGCUAUUGGACGUUGCAUUAACUUUUCGUGGGGUUCCACUGUGAUGGCUGAUGCUACCACCAUGAAACUCUGGGUCCGAUGUAGUUUAGGGGGUAUUCCAAGAAUAUGGUUAAGUUAAUCUACAGAUAAACCCGGCUAAAUUAACCCACACAAAAUUGGUAAACCUGCUAAUAUAUUGUCUGUCUGCAUCAUUUGCAGUGGUUCAGGCUAUAUUGGCUGGCUUGCUACUGGCUUAUCUUGUUGGGACCUUUCCAAGCCUAUUAUCAUUAGUUGUCCCCAGACUUACUGUUAGACUUACACUUACUGAGUUGUUGGCAGCAGACCAUAUUUUAAAUCACAAGAUUUUUUUUAUUCUGAAGGCCUUUCAGUCUUGAUUGUUUGCACAUUUCACUUGCAAUUAUUUUAUAAUAAAAUGGUAAUCUGAAA